CGAAUAUAGUGAAUGCAGGGUCUGGGGAGACCAGAUAUAGUGAAUGCAGGGUCCGGGGACACCGGAUAUAGUGAAUGCAGGGGUCUGGGGAGACCAGGUAUAGUGAAUGCAGGGUCCGGGGAGACUAGAUAUAGUGAAUGCAGGGUCCGGGGAGACCAGAUAUAGUGAAUGCAGGGUCUGGGGAGAUCAGAUAUAGUGAAUGCAGGGACCGGGGAGACCAGAUAUAGUGAAUGCAGGGCCCGGGGAGACCAGAUAUAGUGAAUGCAGGGUCCAGGGAGAGCGGAUAUAGUGAAUGUGGGGUCCGGGGAGACCAGAUAUGCUGAAUGCAGGGUCCGGGGAGA